GUUCCGUCCUUCCCAGAUCCCAGGGAGAUGACGAGUCGAGCUUCUCCAAUGGAGACCGGCCUGCUACCCUGCCCGCACAGGAUUACUCCCCCGCCCGCCAACCGCCCCCGUCGCUCGUGGAGUCCAAGUGCUUGUUGUUUUGCCAAGGAGAAAGCCCGUAUUAUAUAAGAACAUCUGUUAACCGAAUCACGGUUUUCUUGUAAAAAUCACUGCAGAUGUAAACUUAGGAACAAUAUCCAGAAUCUAGUAAUGUUAUUUGUGCACUUAGGGCUUGCUCAUUUGAACAUAUUCGUGCUCUUCGUAUGUUUGUCCCUGUAGUAUAAUAAUUUCUUAACAAUGUUUUGUUUAUUAUUAUGUCAUUUCAGUGUAGUGUUUGUAUAAUAUGGUUUGUAUCCUCUAGUGGACAUCACCUGAAACUGCAUGUCAUUUUGUUCUUCUCACACAGAUCAUGGUCUGUGCCUAGAUUCGACUCGAAAUGGGAACUAAUCAAUUUGUGUGAACAUUCAUCGCAAGUCAAGAGCAUACCAGAUACCUUCACUUCAUUAUACACUUAUCUGAACUCAUUCAUAUGCCCUCUGAUUGAAGAAGUACAUGCUGAUGUAUUUUCAUCAUUGGGCGGCUAUGCUCAGGCGAACUUUAUACAAAUAAUCUGGGUUGAGAAGCUUGAUGGUGAGAAAUCGAUAUACUGCUUUGAGAUUUCUGAACCAUCAAAGGAUCAGAAGUCGAGGCAGACAUAUGAUCCUCAGGAGGGGGACAUAAUAGUUGUAUCCUCGCGGAAACCGUGGCAUGUGUCUGAUUUGAUACAAAAUAAGGCAUCAUAUGUUUUAGGUUCAGUCCUAAAACGUGGAAACAAUGAUAAAAAUUUCCCAAGCAACUGUUGUAUUGUUCAGUUUUUAUCUGCUAUUCCUGUUGAAGUAGAUCCAGAAACAAAGAUACGUCCUGGGCCAUCAUUUGCUGCGUUUCUUAUAAAUAUGAAGACAUACAACCGUAUAUGGAAGUGCCUUUGUAUGGAAGGAGAACGUCAGAACAGGAGUAGUACUGGCAUCGUCAAUCUGGUGUGGCAAUACAAGCGAAGGGUACUGGAUGCUAGCCCAUCAUGCUCCCAGAUACCGCAUUGCUCCGCUCUUAGAUCAAUUGAUGGUCUUGGCCUUGAGAAGUUCAACCUAAAUGAUUCACAGCUCAAUGCGGUGGUAGACUGUGUCUCAGCAAUGGAGAACCACUCGCCUUCCCUAAAACUGAUAUGGGGCCCCCCUGGGACAGGUAAAACAAAAACCAUUAUUACUAUCCUUUGGGCAAUGCUCAUCAAGGGUGUAAAGACACUUGCCUGUGCACCAACCAAUACUGCCAUACUGGAAGUUGCAUCUCGAAUUGUCAGGCUUGUUGGAGAGUCAUCAGAUGGCAGCCUCUGCUUUCUGAAUGAUAUUGUCCUGUUUGGAAAUAAAGAGAGGAUGAAAAUAGAUGAUCGUCAUGAUCUUUCCAUGGUUUUCCUUGACACGCGUGCAGAGCGGUUGUUGCCAUGUUUCGUACCACAUACUGGUUGGAGGCAUUGCUUGUGCUCAGUGAUAGAUCUUCUUGAGAAUCCUGUUACCAAGUACAAAUUGCACAUUGAAAAAAUUAUUGAGGAAAUGAAGAGGGAAAAAGAAAUAUCUGAAAAGGAUGGGGACAAACCCCUCCGGGGCAAGGAUAGGAAAUCUUUUCGCCCUCGUUAUCCUUUGCGUUCAAAACCCAACUCGAAAUACCAUCUUAUUGGGCCUCUCUCAGUGUUCCGCAACAUAAGAUCUAUCACUAAGCACAAGCAUGGGUAUAAAACCCUCCGGUGCAAGGACAGGAAAUAUUUGCUCCCACGUUAUCCUUUGUGUUCCAAUCCCAACUCCAAAGAUCAUCUUGUCGAACCUCUCUCAGUGUUCCGCAAGACAAUCCAUAACAGGCCUGAAGACGAGGAAGAAGAGUGCCAUAAAGAAGCAUUCAGAGUACUGCCGUUCAAGGAUUAUUUGAAAGAUAGCUACAACAAACUUUCUAAGGAUUUGUGCUGUUGCAUUGAGAUACUAUACAACGACCAUCCAAGAAAUUCAGAAACAGGAAAGAGCUUUCAGUGUAUGCUGGAAGUGCUUGAAUUGAUCAAAAUUCUGCAUGCUUUGAUAAAUUGUGACAGGGAUAGUGAUGAUAUAUGGUCAGAUAAACUUCUUGAGGGUGAGCUAGAAGAGGAUUGUAACCCUGUUACCUGGCCCGAGCAGCUAGCCUGUGUGCGGACUAAUACAUGCAACAAAUCCAAGUUCAAGCUGGCCAGAUCUCUGUGUGUGCAAGAGCUAAGAUAUCUUCGAGAAAAUUUUGAUCUUCCAAAUUAUUACAACACGAAGGAAAUUCAACUGUAUCUGCUGCAGAGAACGAAAUGCAUUCUCUGUUCAGUUUCCAGUUCUUCCAGGUUGUACGGCGUGCCGAUGGACAAGUCUGCUUUUUAUAUUGGCCAAUUACUCAAGAAUCCUGAAAAGUUGAAUCCUGUGGAGUUGCUGAUUGUCGAUGAAGCUGCACAGCUCAAAGAGUGCGAGACCUUGAUUCCCUUGCAGCUGCCUGGCAUAAGGCAGGCUGUUUUUAUUGGAGACGAAUAUCAAUUGCCUGCUCUGGUGAAAAGCAAAAUAUCUGACAAUGCAAACUUUGGGCGAAGUGUUUUUGAGAGGUUAAGUAUGCUGGGCUAUAGUAAGCACCUUCUCAAUGUGCAAUACAGGAUGCAUCCAAAAAUAAGCAAAUUUCCAGUUGUUACACUUUACAAUAGCAGGAUAUCUAACGGUCCCAAUGUUACUACUAAGAGCUAUGAAAAGAGGUUCCUAGCAAGCAAACUCUUUGGCUCGUACUCAUUCAUAAAUGUAGAUGGAGGACAUGAAACAAUGGAUGUCCACGGCCGUAGCCUUAAAAACACAAUUGAAGCUGCUGCAGUUUCGCAGAUAGUGGAGAGGUUGUUCAAAGAGUCAGUAUCUACAGGAAUCAAGAUCUCAGUUGGUGUUGUGUCCCCAUAUAAUGCCCAAGUUAGAGAAAUCCAUGAAAAACUCGGUAAAUCCUACAAUAAGCAUGAUGGUUUCUCUGUGAAAGUGAAAUCUGUGGAUGGUUUCCAAGGUGCAGAGGAAGAUAUUAUUAUCAUAUCAACAGUGAGGAGCAACAAAGCUGGUUCUGUUGGAUUUCUCACAAACAUGCAGAGGACCAAUGUGGCUCUGACAAGGGCAAAGCACUGUUUAUGGAUUGUAGGAAAUGGGAUGACUCUUUCCAACAGCAAGUCUGUUUGGCAGAAGAUAGUCAAUGAUGCACGUGAUCGUGGUUGCUAUUUUGACGCAAGUGAAGAUGAAGAUCUGUCAAAUGCAGUAAUCAAGGCAGUCAGUGAGCUGGACGAUGCUGAGAAUUUAGUGAAGAUGGACCCGCUGCAUGUAAGCAGGCCAAGGUUUCAGAACAAAAGGCCAAAAUACCGUCGGUGAGAUAGAUGUCAGGAGCCCGCUAAAAAAUGCUACGCAUUGUUGGCAUGUUGUCGUGGGGCAUUGCUAAAGAAAGUUAUAUCUGCAUUGGUAUGGCGCAACUGAGUGUCGCGAGAUGCCCCACGUUCUGCUGAGCCUAAGCUUGAUGCACGCUAAUUGCUCAAGUUCAAUUGUGUUAGUUUUUUAUGUUUUGAAAAAAAUCGUGUUAGUUUUCCAUUACUGCACCAAGACUGAUCGACAUAGACCCAUCCGCCUUAUUUUGGAAUGCUGUUUCUGAGAUUGUGGUCAGUUUUAAACUUGUCAUGAUGCUAGAUUGUGCUUGUGCCACGAAAUGGCACCUAUC